GGGACGCGGCGGCGGUGGCGGCGGCUUCGUGUUGCCGGAACCCGAGCGCGCAGGCCCGUCCCGGCGGGCGGGCGGCCGGGGCGGGGGCGCCAUGUGGUUCAUGUAUGUGCUGAGCUGGCUGUCGCUCUUCAUCCAGGUGGCCUUCAUCACGCUGGCCGUCGCGGCCGGACUCUAUUACCUGGCAGAAUUGAUAGAAGAAUACACAGUGGCCACCAGCAGGAUCAUAAAAUACAUGAUCUGGUUCUCCACAGCUGUGCUGAUUGGCCUCUACGUUUUUGAGCGCUUCCCCACCUACAUGAUUGGUGUGGGCCUCUUCACCAACCUUGUCUACUUUGGCCUUCUCCAGACCUUCCCCUUCAUCAUGCUGACCUCGCCUAACUUCAUCCUGUCGUGCGGGCUAGUGGUGGUGAAUCAUUACCUAGCGUUUCAGUUUUUUGCAGAGGAAUAUUAUCCCUUCUCAGAGGUCCUGGCCUAUUUCACUUUCUGUCUGUGGAUAAUCCCGUUUGCAUUCUUUGUGUCGCUGUCGGCUGGGGAGAACGUCCUGCCCUCCACCAUGCAGCCCGGAGAUGACGUGGUGUCCAAUUACUUCACCAAAGGCAAGCGGGGCAAACGCUUAGGGAUCCUGGUUGUCUUCUCCUUCAUCAAAGAGGCCAUUCUACCCAGUCGGCAGAAGAUGUACUGAACUUCUACGGAGGGGAUGCUGGGGCAAGAUCAGGAGAGUCAGGCCCCUGGGCCUCUGCAGUAGGUGGGGGCCAGGAGCUGGAAGGCACCAUCCCCCAGCCCUGGCCCUCCUUCCCUUGACUCCCCCAGAAGUCCCCGUCCCCACCAUCCUCAGGAGGCUCAGCUUGGCUCAGAUCUGAUGCUGCCAGAGGCUGAGAACUCAGAGGGCACCAGGGAGGAUGCGGUGCCUGCUUAGCCAGGAGGCCGUGGUCCACCUGGGUGUGCAGAAGCUGAGCUCCUGUGGCCCUCCCGCCCCCUCCUGUGAUGGGUCCGGAGGUCUGGCUCAGCCAGGGCAGGCAGGGCAGGGGCCGUGAAGCUGGAGAGCAGACAGUGAUAACUGCUAUGGGCAGAUGGCCAUGGGGAGGGGCCGUGGCUUAGCACUUGCAAGAGAAAGUUUUUGCUGUUGAACUGUGAUUUCUGUCCAAGUGCUGAUUCCCGUUUGAAUAAAGAUUCUAGGUGGCCCUGUUUGCCUUAAUACCCUGAAAGUUCAUCUUCCUUUCUUCCUGCUGACCUUCCGCCUGGCCUGGCUUUUCUGCGCCAGGGGCUCCUUUUCUGGGUUUGGGUCUUGCCUUUCCGAAGGGACUGUUCUUGUGGCCCUUAGUGGGAAGGGGACAGAGAUGAGGAGCCGAGCCUGGAGUGGGAGGUGGGGGAGUGGGGAUGGAUGCAGCCUUUCUUAAUCCCCUUCUCUCUCCUUCCAUCUCUUCUUUCCUCAGGGCUCCGUGACUGUCAGAUUGCAGGCAGAGAGGGGAUGUGUGGGACUGGGUUAGAUUUUUCAGGAGAACAUGUACAGUAUCCUAUUUAUAAGUCUUCCCCUAGGGAAGAGGAGUGGUUUCUGGCUGAAUUCUAUCUCAGGCUCGAGGAGAAACAGAUUAAAAAUUGGCUUCCUGGCAGCCUGGGCUACAGCCUGUUUUGUAAGAAACAGGGCUGGUGAGACUCUAAGAGCACACAAGGGCUGGCCUUCUCUUCUGAGUGGUCUUGGCUCCUGGGGAGGUGAUCAGUCUUCUAAAAAGGCAGGCCAGGUCCUGGGCACAGGCCAGCAUUUGUUGACCUUGCAUUCCAACUACAGUGCCUUACAAGUACUCAGCAGUACAUACGCGAAUGAAGUCCCCACGAGAGCCAUUACCGGACAUGUCCUAUACCUCAAAGCAAAGCAGACAGGUGCAGAGAUGGACUGCACACAUGUGGUACGUUUCAGCCACAGGGAAGACCUCUGUGCUUGAAAAUCUUACCUCUACAUCCUGCCUCAAGUCCCACCAUGGCCCUUCAUUUCCUUGGGUUUAGCAUUUCCCUUUCCUGGGGAAAGGAAAGGCCAGCACAUUUUGGCCUUCUCUCAGUGGCACUGAGAUUGCCAGGCCCUUUUGUCCUAUGCAGACAAGGGAGGACAAGGUGGAGGACCCUGGAGGCCAGUGUCCUGACUGCUGGCCAGCAGCUGGCCUUGCUCUCCCUUGCUGUCCAUGUCUUUGUUUCUCACCCCAGUGGUGUGGCUUUGCCCUCCAUUCACUCCAGUGCCAGUGUUCUGGGGGUUGCCAGUGGCCUUGUGCUAAGUCCAGCGGACCCUCUUCAUAUCUCCUCUUUCUGGAUCUGUGCAGCAUCAGGCAGGGCUCGUCACCCCCAGCGUCCCGAGCACCUCUGUGGCUGGUUCUCCCUCUGGCUGCUCCUUUUCGGGUCCUGUGCAGGCCCCUCCACUCACCUCCUGCGCGGUGGGUUUUCUCAGGGUUUGGUCGUGGGUUCCCUGGAGGAGCCCAUCCGUGCUGAUGGUUUCAAGGAAUUGAGAGCUGACAGCCAGACCCAGCAUCCCUCUCGGUCCUCUGAACCACAGUUCUGCUGCCUUUGGGCACACAGACAACUCUAACGGCCCAGAUAGCACUUGGUGCCGCCCUUUGCAACCUGCCUUUUUUGGGUACCUGCCUUGGCUCCAAGAUCACUCAGGAGCCCGACCAGAAACCUUUCUCUUUCGGCCCUGACAUCCAAUCUCUAACAACUGUCAAGUUUACCUUCUUAACAUCUCUUGAUUUGAGCGCCACUCCCACUGUCAGCAGCUUUCACCUGGAGUAUUGUGACAGCCUCCUUCCACUUCUCUGUCCCACAGCCAGAGUUGUCUUUCUAAUGCAUGGUUGAUCCAGUCACUCCCUGGCUUACAACCUUCCAUGGCUCCCCCUUGUCAGGAUAAAGUCCAGACCCCUUAGCAUGGCUUGGGAGGCUCGUGGUGUCCCGGUUCUUGCUCGCCUCUCUGGCCUCAUCACUUGCCACCUUGCAUUUUGAUUUUCAGCCUCCUGUAUCCAGAGAUGCCACCUUAAUUCCCUUUCUUCUGCUCGCCUGAGUACCUUCUCUGUCAGUUCUCAACUUAGAUUUCACUUCCUCCAAGGAACUUUGAAUGUCCCCUCUCCCUCCAUCACACCACACAGAUCACUCUGGGCUUAACUUGCCUGCUUACUGGUUUAUCUCCCCAUUAGACUGUAAGCUCCUUGAGGGCAGGGAUUGUCCUUCAGUUUUUGUAUCAACCAUGCCUAGCUUGGCACCUGGCACAUAGAAAGUACUCAAUAAAUGUUUGUUUAAUGAA